CACUUCCCCCAAUCCACAAACCUACCUUUCUUCUUGUCGGCUACUCUUCAUCGCACAGUACAAUCAGUUAUCAAGUUCACGUUUAAGAAACUGGUGGUUAAGGAACAACAGUGCCAACAACACCCUUUUGAAACUCCAAGACUUCCACAUUUACCUCAAAGAACACAUUAUUCACCAAACAUCACAUCAAGAGCGGUUUCGCCAGAAUACAAAGCCCCAACACUCCAAGCAACCUUCUCACCAUGUGUCGUUGGGCUGAGAUGACUUCACGCUGUGCGCGCUGGUUCAGCUCCUAUUGGUCCCUGGAAUCCCUCCUACUCGUGGGUGCUAUCGCCGACAUCUAUACCUUCGCCAGCCUUAGCAUAUACUUUUAUUGCCUUUCCGGUUCUGUCGACCCAUCCUCAAGGCUUAGUGUCUGUCACUACAACUACACAGCCCAGUCUCAGCUCACGAGAUGGACUAGUUGCGUCACUAUGCUCGUGAGAGCCAUUUGCAGCACCAUUGAACUAUUUGUUUUUGUCAGUCGGAUGCGGAGGGCAAAACGGACGAGAGAGCGACUCGACGGAAGACAUACCAGCCUAUUGGAGCUGGCAGCGGACAAACUGUAUACGAAGACUGAAAUUGACUCUUUGGUGAUUUACAAUGAAGCUUUGGUCAAGGAGCAAAAUGCUAUACUCGUAGAGCAGCAUGCUGUGUUGGUGGAUCUCGCGGCAUGGGUAUCGAAGGUGUCAGCUUGGGUAACCCCUCUGUCUGAUUCUAUGGCAUCAAAAGGAAAUGAACAGGCAGGGGAAGAAGCUUCGCCACUGGAGAUGGAGCAACAGCAGGCUUUGGUGGAGCAAUUGGCAACUCUGGUGUCGAAGUUAACAGACUUGGCGUCGAAGCAGGUCAAUUUCGAGGCGACAAAGAAAAAUGAGCAGACAGCGCGAGACAGGCUCCGUACGGAAACGUUAGUGGAAGAGCGUCUGGCAAUCGAGAGAGAAAAGAUAGAGACCGAGAAAGCAAAGUUGCAGGAGGAGAGAGAAAGCUUGGAAGCGGAGAAAGAGGCUUUGAAAGCAAAGGCUAAAAAAUUGGGAAUCGUGGAAGACAAGUUGCGAACGACAACUCCAGAAGAGUUCCAGAAGCUCAUUGACGCACAAGAGAAGCUUCGUAAUGAUCUGAACAAACUGCAUGACGAGUUAGAGACGCCUAGCAAUGAUAAAGGUGGGAAAGAUAUUGCGAAACUGGGGAGAGACUUCAGAGCGAAGACUAGGGAGACAUUUUUUUUAAUGGCUGCAAACGACAAGCUAGUCUACGAAGCAUGGGACUUGCUUGAUUCUAUGGGCAGCAUUACCCCGGAAUUAAAGAUCCAGGGUGACUACAACGAUUAUUGCGUCAGGACAGUGGCGAUGUAUCUCGCUGAGCAUAUGUUGGAGGAGAAUAAAACAGACAAAGGACCUCAAGUCGAAGAGCCUCAUGCGAAGGAGGAGCUCCAGGAAGAGAAAAGGCCUCUGGUGCUCGAAGUGACUGAAGACCUUCCGGAAGUCAGAACACACCUGGGAGAGGAAGAUGAGGAGCCCCGUGAGAAGGCAGUUCUACAGGUCCAAGACGGGCUUCAGUAGCUUUGUUUGUGCCCAAAACAUUCCGUGCAGUGAAAUAUUUUUGAAGAACAGAGCUUUGUGGCUGUGAGGAAAGCUGGUAUAGUGGUGGAAGUUUGUCAAGAUGAUAGGCAGAGAAGUUGUAUUGCUUGUGGAGCUAUAUUGCUACAGCGAAGGUUGCCGAAAGCUCAUUAAAAAAUUAAGGGGAAUACGGGUCUAAAAGCACAAUUAGUUACCACA